UGCGCCUUCAUUUUAUAAUUUGCUAUACUGUGCUGACGAAAGACUCACCUUAACCUCUGGCUCUGGGGAUUUGCCUUAACCUCCCUCCCUCCACCCCUAGUCGUUUCUAUCUUUCUAGAGGCAACGCGAAUGAUUAGGAAUUAAGCUAUAUUCACGUACCAAACGACGCCGUCCCACUCACCUCUUGUCAGAAUAACAACAACGCAAAGCUCGUAACCGAAUCAAUUCCUACAAUACAACAAACCGACACAUUUAACCAGAAGAAGCUCUUACAGACUGCUAUUUUAUUGACAGAGAGACAAACAACAAGGAAGCGAAGAAGAGAAAGAAGAAAAACCAGAGCAUUAAUGGCGACGACUGGAGAGAAGCAAGUGAUGGUGAUCGGGGCCGACGAGAGCGAGCAGAGCACUUACGCUCUGGAAUGGACUCUGGACCACUUCUUCGCGCCCUUCGGUCCCACGUCUCCGUUCAAGCUCGUCAUCGUCCACGCCAAGUCCAUGCCUUCCUCCGUCGUUGGCCUCGCAGGCCCUGGAGCGGCGGAGGUUUUGCCAAUUGUGGAUGCUGAUUUGAAGAGGAUGGCUGCCCGCGUUGCUGACAAGGCUAAGCAACUUUGCGCUACCAAAUCGGUGACUGAUGUCACUGUGGAGUUGGUGGAAGGAGAUGCUAGGAAUGUUCUCUGUGACGCUGUUGACAGGCACCAUGCAUCCGUCUUGGUUGUCGGUAGUCAUGGCUAUGGAGCCAUAAAAAGGGCGGUUCUUGGAAGCGUAAGUGACUAUUGUGCUCAUCACGCUCACUGCAGCGUGAUGAUUGUGAAGAAGCCUAAAACAAAACAUUGAGCUGAGUGAGCCUCCUCCUAUCCUAUCUAUGGCGUUUCGUGGUGGCAGUAUUACGAUACUUACAAUAAAUUCGACCAUUUGUGAGUUGUAAGGUUAUAUACUAGUGUUCAAACUUCAAAGUAUGGUAUGUAUUAUUAUUGUAAGGUACAAAGUUGAAGCUUAAACUUUGGUAUAACGAGUGAUGUAUCCGUAUAAAUACCAGUUUAGUUUACCAAAACGCAUGUCAGCUCGCAUUGGGCACCAAAUCUUUCGGGAAAAAACGACAUAGGCCUCAAAAAGUGGUCAAGGCGGGUGGCAAUUGUCCGACAACAGACAGGAGCAAAAAGGGCGUUGACGUUGUUGGUGGUCUGGAAGAAACCAUGGUAGAUAUGGAUAUACGACAGCCAAAUCACACUCUACUGAUGAUCUCAUCCACGACCUUUUGACUCAAACAAACUUAAAGGUUAAUUAAUUAGUUGUUAUCCUUUCUGUAUGCUAGCCAGCUUCUUAUAUUCACAAAAUUUAUUGAUAAAAUUAUUCCACCUUUUUUUA